AUGUUAUCUGCAUUCAAAACAAGUCAUACGUCGUUCGCUAAACGUUUCUUAGCCACCGCCGCUAAAUCAUUCACUGACAAUAAGAAACAACUAGACAGAGCAACACUUACCAUCAAGGAUGGACCAGUAUUUAGUGGGUAUUCCUUCGGUGCCAACAAAAAUGUCAGUGGUGAAGCCGUCUUCACUACUUCUUUGGUAGGAUAUCCUGAAUCCAUGACCGAUCCAUCAUACAAGGGACAAAUCUUAUGUUUCACCCAACCUUUGAUUGGUAAUUAUGGUGUACCUUCAUCUUCACAAAAGGAUCAUUUCAAUUUAUUGAAAUACAUGGAAUCUCCCCUGGUUCAAUGUAUUGGUAUUGUAGUUGCCGAUGCCGCCUUGGAAUAUUCCCAUUGGACUGCCGUUGAAUCUUUACAACAAUGGUGUCAACGUUCUGGAGUUGCUGCCAUUACCGGGGUAGAUACCAGACAAUUAGUUUCAUAUCUUAGAGAAAGGGGUUCUUCAUUAGGUAGAAUAACCAUUGGAGAAGAAUAUGAUGCCGAUCAAGAUGCUGCAUUUGAAGACCCGGGUGCGGUGAAUUUGGUACAUAAAGUAAGUACCAAACAACCAUUCCAUAUUAGUUGUCCACCUGAAUAUACUAAAAAUAUGCAUAUUGCUGUAUUGGAUUGUGGAGCAAAGGAAAAUAUUUUACGUUGUUUAGUUGAACGUGGUGCUUCAUUAACUGUUUUCCCUUAUGAUUAUCCUAUUCAUAAAGUUGCUAAUAAAUUCGAUGGGAUUUUCCUUUCAAAUGGCCCAGGUGAUCCAACUCAUUGUUCAAGCACUGUUGAGCAUUUGAAGCAAACAAUGAAGACAUAUAAAGAUUUGCCUAUUUUUGGAAUUUGUUUAGGACAUCAAUUAUUGGCAUUAGCUUCUGGUGCUAAAACAAUUAAAUUAAAAUAUGGUAAUCGUGCCCAUAAUAUCCCAGCAUUAGAUUUAUCAACUGGUAAAUGUCAUAUAACUUCUCAAAAUCAUGGAUAUGCAGUUGAUGCAGAAACUUUGAAUGCGGAAUGGGAACCUUAUUUCACUAAUUUGAAUGAUUUGAGUAAUGAAGGAAUGAUUCAUAAACAUCAACCUGUUUUCUCAGUACAGUUUCAUCCAGAAGCAAAAGGUGGCCCAUUAGAUACUGGAUUCUUGUUUGAUAGAUUCUUUAAGAAUAUCGAAUAUUAUAAAGCUACUAAUGGGUUGAAUUUACCUAAUGUUGAUAACAGUUUAUUAGUUGACAUCUUACCAAAGGAAAGAGUUUUCUAA